CGAUUACCACAACCACUGUGAAAUUUUAUCUCAAGAUUGUGUUCAUAUCAACCGGCGCAGGGGGUCUAGCCAUGGCAAUCAAAGCUUGGGUUCCGGUUCUCCUCCACCACCAUCUCCCCACCGUCGCCGCCUGCCUCCGGCCACCGUACCUCUAUGCCGUCAUCAACGCAAUCAUCCUCACCCUACUUUACGCUUCUCGCUUCCAACACCCCGAAAGCCGCCAUCUUGAAGACGAUGAUAUUAUUAAGAGGGUCGAUAAUCAUAUCACCGGAGAUCGGCCGGUUUUUUCCGCCGUGAAUGACGAUUCUCCCGUGACAAUGGUCAAGAACCGAGGCUGCGAAUCUAUGGCGCCUACCAAGAAAACGCAACUCGCCGACGAACGUAAAACGGCGCUGAAACCGAAUGCCACUAUGGAAGACACGUGGGGGAUGAUCACGGAGAAGAGCCACGCGCCGCCGCAGCCCCGGAAGGGGCAGCUGAAGUCGCGGACGUUUAAGGAGAGGACGAGCUACGAGUUGCCGGCGGCGGCGAAGUGCCGGAGAGAGCCGUGGCUGAGUCAGGACGAGUUGAACCGGCGAGUGGAAGCGUUCAUCAAGAAGUUCAAUGAGGAGAUGAGGUUGCAGCGGCAGCGGUCUUUGCAGCGGCACAUGGAGAUGAUCAAUCAUGGGGCCCACUAACUUAGUUUUCGACUCUUUUUUUUUUAAAUCAAAAGAGAAUCAUUAAAGUGCUAAUUUAAGAUUUGGAUAUGGCUUUUCCUUUUUUAAAGUUCCAUAUUACUCCGUAUUAAUUAUGUAGUCCGUAUUAUAUCAAAAUACUGAGCAUAUAAAAUAUUUAAAAAAUACAUUGUGUAUAUUAAAUAUAAUUAUGUAAAUAUAAAUUUGUGUAUGUGUUUUUUUAUUAAAAUAUUCUAUAUAUAUAAUGUGUGUGAGUACCUCUUCUGUGUUUGACUAUUUGUCUAAAUUUAAUUUUUUUGAGUUAAAUCAAAUGAACUUUUAUCAUCAACUAACCAUAUUAAAUUGGUACUAUUGUA